AUGGACUUUAGGAGCACAACUUCUGUACUUUUUUUGCCUCACCUACAAUAUAAAGCUUCGAAUCUCCCUAACCAACGGUUACAGCUGAGGCCUCGAAGCGCCGUUUCUCAGAGAUCAACUAGGGCGAAUGAAGCUAUAACUCGUCCUUUCAUCUCAUUUACCCGGUCUCAUCAUCUCUCCAUCUGGCCUAUUGCUCUGCUGACUCGCUUGCAUCGAAGCAACGAAUUCUACAAAUGGCUUGAGGGCAAUGCCCUCUUCGAACAAGAACGUGCAUAUCUUGUCCACGACCCCGUCUGUGCGGCUUCACUACACAACCUGUUGGUCCUCACGUGCCAACGGCGAGAAGUAAACCGGGCAAUUAGGCGCAUUACUUAUGCAAAUUUCCUUGUCGGGUCAGGCUUAAUUUGUCAACUCCGUGGCCAAAAGCCCAGAAAUUGGCCAGUAUGA